CUGAACUUGCCAGUCCUCAAUCUGAUUGUUCACUUCUUCUCCUAGAUACUGCUUGGUGAUGCGACAGCAGCCCGAAACAGCACGGAACCAGGGCUUCAGUGGCGAAAAAGUGAAUUAUCCAUAUGUUGAUCCAUGUGUAAUACUGCAACUAGGAAUACUUACCAGCAGUGGGACAGUAGACACGAGUCUGGAUACCUUGGGCGACGUGUCAUCGAUGGUCGUACACGCACACCUGCUCUCAGAAGAAGGCGAGGAGGACAGAAGCACCGUUGUUGUACCACCCAUCAUGCCGCCGGUAGUGUACUCAGAACAGCGGAGGGUAGACCCACCGGAUUCUCGGGCAAAGUCCAAAGUCCCGCUCGCGAACAACCCACAACCGGACCCGGGCAGAACCCAGGAGCCCCGCUCCAACCUCAGACACGCCGAGCUGCUGUUAUCACUCUCCACACCGGACAUGACGACAGGAGCAUCCUCUAGAUCUAGCCCAUCGUCCAGCACGUCGAUAGCACCUUCUUCCGACCCGUACUAUCUGGGACAGCAGUCGGCAGCUGAUCUUCUUGAUGGAGAUACAAUGGAACCUGGCCCUUCUUCAUUAGCAAACCCAGCAUACUCGUCAUCGCAGCCGAUGCUGGACGCGGGCGUCGGUGAUGGUAGUUUGUUAUCGGAGGGCCACAGCCGGUGGGAACAAACCCUGUUUGGACACUUGGUUUCGUCCUGUCACUUCCUCUCCGACCUCUCUGGCUUGAAAGGUGCCUUUUUCGUCUUUCCGUUUUUGGCCAUUCGGGUGGAAGGCAAUUUUCGGUUGCGGAUGGUGUUGACGAAUUUGGCAAGUCUGCGUACCACGCCUCAACGGCCCGCGGAAACGAUUUGUGAAAUCAUCACGGACCCAUUCAAGUCAUAUACCGGGAGGGACUAUCCAGGGGCAAAAGAAUCCUCGGAACUGAGCAUCCACUUUGCUGACCAAGGCGUCAAGAUCCCACUGCGCCGAAGGAAUCAACGCAAACGUUGGGAUUCCGGUGGAUAGAACCCAACUCUUGUCAGAAUCCCUCUGCUGAUACCUCUCAUCCUACAUACCGCACGCGGCGUGUCCCCAACGGACGAUUCUUCCUCAUUCAGACCACGCCAGCCCUACUCCGCAACCAACGUCACUCAUCCUCUACGCGUAUUAGCCCUUUGAAAGCACGCAAACAUGUGCAUAAUUUACAACCAUAGCCCUAUUGGCAGCGUUCAUUGAGACAAGUCUUCCCCCGCACACCACGCCUUGUGCGUCCCAGAGCCUCAUGUGUCUCAACCAAUUGCAAGCCAGCACACGCUCGUCCUUUAUUUAAAAAUAUAUCGCUAUGGCCUAUACCUCCUCAUGGCUGUUUACUUAACAAUUUGGAUACCGUACGUGGUAGAUGCAAACAACGCAAUUGACAAGGACCGCUGGUUUUGCGUU